AGUUAGCUGAAUUUCGUCAGAUUUGGUAAGUGACAGCCCGCGCGUUUCGGAUAUUAUUUGCGUUGUUUGUUGAAAUUCAUGUUCGGAGUUUGUAGUACACGUGCUUUGCUGAUCAAUCGAGUAUUCCUUGAGCAAGUUAUUUCGUCGGCCAGAAUGAUGAAGAAAGCGGCCCGUGCAUCCUCCUCCGGAGGCAAAACUUCGAUGGAACCGCCUGCGAAGAAGCCGAAAAAAGAUGAAACUGGCAACGGAUCCUCAACGUCCGGUCCAGUUGUGGAAGCCAGCGGCAGCACCAACAAGAGCGACGACUUUGUGGCUCUAUUCCGGGCAGAACGAGCGGCCACAGCCAAAUCGAUUCUGGAUUUCGAUUUCAAAAAGAAGCGCGUGCGUGUCCUCUCCGACGCUAAAGUGAUCGAAGAAGGCAAAGAAGGCGUGCUGUAUUGGAUGUCGCGGGAUGUACGCGUCCAGGAUAACUGGGCCUUUCUUUUUGCCCAGAAGUUGGCCCUUAAAAAUGAACUCCCGCUGCAUGUUUGCUUCAAUCUUGUGCCACGUUUCCUGGAUGCAACCAUCCGACACUUUAAAUUUAUGCUCAACGGGCUAGAAGAGGUCGCGAAGGAGUGUGAGAAGCUCAACAUACACUUCCAUCUGCUGCGUGGUAACGCCGGUCAGAAUGUGCCCGCCUUUGUGAAGAAACACCGAAUCGGAGGUGUGGUGUGUGACUUCAGUCCGCUGCGGGUACCGAUGCAGUGGGUAGAAGAUGUGCGGAAGGCAUUGCCGAUGGAGGUGCCCCUGUGUCAGGUGGACGCGCACAACAUCGUACCGGUUUGGGUGACCUCGGAGAAGCUGGAGUACGCGGCGCGUACGAUACGUAACAAGGUGAACAACAACCUGGGUACCUUUCUCACGCCGUUCCCGCCAGUCAUCAAACAUCCGCACAAGGCUUCGUUCCAAGCAGAGCCGAUUGAUUGGCCCCAGGUGAUCGAUUCUCUGGAGGUCGAUCGUACGGUGGAUGAGGUCAAAUGGGCCACACCGGGUUAUACCGGUGGUGUAGCAACACUACAGAGCUUCGUCGAGAAACGUCUCGGCAAGUUCAACGCCAAACGCAACGAUCCAACGGAGAAUGCACUGUCCAACCUUUCACCGUGGUUCCACUUUGGACAGAUCGCAGUACAGCGGGCUGUACUGGCCGUGAAGAGUCACGGCAAGCGUCACACGGAAAGCGUGGCCUCGUUCUGUGAGGAAGCGAUCGUACGCCGCGAACUGGCCGAUAACUUUUGUUUUUACAACAAAAACUACGACAAUCUCAAGGGAGCGUACGAUUGGGCUCGCAAAACGCUUGAUGAUCAUCGCAAAGAUCGGCGCGUGUACUGCUACACGCGCGAGGAACUGGAAACGGCGAAAACCCACGAUGAUCUGUGGAACUCGGCCCAGUUGCAGAUGGUGAAGGAAGGCAAGAUGCACGGGUUUUUGCGCAUGUACUGGGCCAAGAAGAUCCUCGAGUGGACUAAAUCACCUGAAGAGGCGCUCGAGACUGCUAUCUACCUCAACGAUCGCUUCAACUUGGAUGGGCGCGAUCCGAACGGGUACGUCGGUUGCAUGUGGUCGAUCGCUGGCAUCCAUGAUCAGGGUUGGAAAGAGCGUGAGAUUUUUGGUAAGAUCCGCUACAUGAAUUACGAAGGCUGCAAGCGUAAGUUCGAUGUCAAUGCUUUCGUGGUACGAUACGGCGGGAAGGUUUACCGUCGCAAGUGAUCGUGAAACCGUGUGUUUCAUCGUUUUGUAUACUAUUGCACCAUACUCAACAUAUUUAAAACGUUGUGCUUCAAAUUUGAAGUGAAAACGAUGGUAUUUUGUUCUAGUUUUUAAGAUUUACCUACCAACCGUUGGUAGAAGAUCCCGUGUUCAGUACCAUGCAUAUGAUAUUAUCAUACUCGUCUUUAGUACAUAAGCGUAUGAACUCGGCGUUAAACACAGCAUCGACGGUAAGCAUUACCAGUCGUAACAGAAAGUACAAAUGAAAUCUCUCCCAGCUACCAGACAGUGAGAAAUAAAUAC